AUGGCUGACUGGCAAACCGAGUCAUUUGUACCUCAAACUCAAUCCUCACUCGAUAGUGUUGGAGGAGUAGGAGGAGGUGCUCACAGAGCUCUCCAGCACACUUCAGGCAAUGUCCAAGCAUACGCAGAUGCUGCUAUGCAUGGAGAUGCUGGCAGUCGUGAUGACCCUCUCCAGUUGGCUCUAAAGUGUCCUCCUGCUCCUGUUCCGUUCCAUCAUUCGAUAUCAAGUACCAGUCUGCAUGAUAGCCAUGUUCUUGCGGCGCGUUGGCAGGCAAAGAAGCUACGUCGGCUCCAGUCUGCGGCUCAUUCAAUGCCGACAAUGCGUCCAAAGCGCAGCUAUUUGAAGUCUCAGAAGUAUUUGGAGUAUAGGGCGCGACCGCGUCGUGAUACUGGCAAGGAUGGAGAGCCGGUUUGGUCGGAUGCAUUGGAAGAUGCAUUUCAACAAGCCCUAGAAGCAAAUCCUCCGAUGGGCCGAAGGAAAUGGUCUGAACGCGGAAAAUCAUAUGGACGCAACGAGUUGAUUGCGGAAUACAUAUACAAGUUGACUGGAAAACGCCGGACAAGGAAGCAAGUCUCGAGUCACCUGCAGGUGCUGGACUCUUUCCUCAAGGGUGACCCCGAGUGGGAGAGACUUGUUCGUGAAAAGGCAGACGCACCCAACACACAACCUCCAACCACCAAUCCCGAAUACCGAACCUCCAUCGAUUAUCAACUGUCAAGGAGUUUCAACACUCAGCCACAGUCUGCAUGCCCUGACUAUACCGCCUCUUCUCAUGCUUACAAUGGAGACCUCCCAACCCCUAUCACACUAGGCUCAAACAUAUACGAUACUAACUCUCAUCUAAUCCAUGCUUUCAACUUCGAUAUGUGGGUCAGUGCGCCCCAGCAGGCAAAUAGGAUCGAUAAAGCGUUGCAUGUAUACACUCGGCUACAGGGAGAGCAACAUCGUCCGGUAGCACUUCCCAUGCCUCUGGAGAACCUGCCUGGAUGGCGCACGUCUUUUCCUUAUCUUUCCUCUCUUGUCGACGAUCCCACAUCUUCAUUUGACUGCGAUAUCAUACUGCUGGAGGUGAAUCUUCAGCUUAUGACCGACUUCCCUCCUCCUGGCUCUCGGCUAGGUAUACAACUCGAUCUGGAUUUUGCACAUCCUACAAUGGGCGACGUUUCUCUCGUCAGUCAAAUGGAGGACUGGGCUUGCAGCACCCAUCUCUACGAAGGAGGGCAAAAGAUGCAGGAAACAUACCACGAUCUUCAAAAGGCAUCAUCCACAAAGAUCAAGCCAUUUUUUGAGUCCUCAUGGUGGGCGAAGCUAUUCACCCAACUGACACAAGAGAAACAAAUGGCUGAAAGCUCUGGUCAACCAGAUGCUGCUCAGGCCGCCGAUGACCAUACAAGGCAGUUUUUCCGGUCUCUUUCUGCUAUCCAGGAGUUGACCGCUAUGCCAAGUAGCAGUCAUCGUCGCAUGUCAAAUAGUUUUGGCGCUAAUCCCCAAGGAGGAGAUGAUCGCAAGCGAAUGGCAAUUCUUCUGUGGAAGUUCCGCCAGACGCGGCCUGGUGAGGUUGGGACUACGACUUGGAGACGUCUCAUUCCGCCACCUGAGCGUAGCACGACAAAUAGUCCCCAAACAGCAGCCGAUAAUAUUUAUCACGGGAACUCUCAUGGCAGCUUUCAUCAUCAACACAAUCAUCAACCCCCAGCGGCAGUUAGUUUGCAGCAACAGUGGCCGGUCUAUGCAGACUCUCAAGACAGCGUCACUAAUAUGUUCGGUGCUCAGGGGUCGUAUGACUUCUUGGGCAACAUCACCAAAGCAGAUGAUGGUAUAGUGGACAAGACAUCGGUGACAUCAGUUCUAGACUCAUUUACUAGUCUCGCAUCGGAAAAUACACAGGCCGGCAGUAUUAAUGUCUCUUCUGCAAGCGACAAUCUCUUCAGCGUCCAUGAGCUCCCCUUGUCUUCUCAUUCUCAUCUCGCGGGAUACGGUCUCAGUGGGCAUAAUAAUCACUACAUGCAAUCACAGAACAUCCACGACAGCAACAACAAUGUCCUGAACUCCAUCUUCGGCACUACAGCACCAUCUAUGCAUGGUAUUUCUCAUACCCAAGGACCAUCCAUGUGGGAGUCACAGGGAACAGGAGCGUCUCUCCAUCACGACCUUGGCACCGAGAACUACGGCCACUUACAUUUCCCUUCGAGCAGCCAUCAUCAACCUCCUCACCAGCACCACCAUCAUUCUCAUCACUCCCACCAUCAAGUUCCUGAAUCCCGCGAACACCAAAGCAGCGGUCUGGAAGGCAUACUACCUCCCGACGACUUGAUCGACAAGUUAGUCGGCAGCGUCGCGACUAGUGAUAGUCAUUUGGGUGGUGCAACUACUGGAAACGCACGGUAUCCAGAGUCCAAUGCAGUUGAGACCGUGUAA